AUGGGUGCUACACCUUCUGGUCAAGUGGAACCAAUCUAUAAUCUUUCUCAAAAGCACCAACCUUCGGAGUUUAAUGGUUCAAAUGAUCUGACGGUGACAGAGGAGUGGUUGGAGGCUGUCGAAUGGGCAAUGGCCUUGUUUCCCAUGAGUGACCAGGAAAAAGUUUGCCAUGCUUCUUAUUUGUUGAGAGGAGAUGCCCGGGUAUGGUGGAAGCUAAUAGAGCAUACACAUGUGACCAGUGCCCUUUCUUGGAAUGAAUUCAAAAGGCUAUUUGAAGUAGAAUACCGGUUGGCGGACAUGUUAUCCGUAAAGACUCAAGAGUUCACAGAAUUGAAGCAGGGUAAUAUGACUGUUAGAGAGUAUGCUACAAUGUUCAACUCCCUAGCCCGUUUUGCUCCUACUAUGGUGAGUACUCAACAGUGCCGGUUAGAGAGAUUUGUUAAUGGGUUGCACCCAAAAGUUGCCCAGAUUGUUAUAGCAGGUGGUCAGCCUCCCCAAACUUAUAGUGAGGCCCUGGAACAAGCAUUGAGAGUAGAGAUUUAUAUGAAUAAGGAGAAGUGGAUGGAGAACCCCAAGUUGGUGAUUAGUAGUUCUAGUUCGGGCCAGACAAUAGUUCAAAAAGUUGAAGUCGUGAAUUCCGCUCAAGCUUCGGAGGACAAAGGUAAAAGAAAGUUUCAACAAAGAUUUCAAAAGAAGGGCGGCAAGAAUAAGAGGACUCCACAGCAACAACAGAGAAAGAAUAAUCUUCCCUACUGUCAAAAAUGUGGGAGGCAGCAUAAAGGGGAUUGUCUAUUGGGGACCAAUGUGUGUUUCAAAUGUAAACAACCGGGACAUAUGGCGAAGGAUUGUAAAGUUACUCAAGCUACUUCCCUUCAGACUGUUGAAGGUUCGACUACCAGAGUUUACUCAGUGGCUCAGAAAGAAGCUGAAGCCAAUCCAUCUGUAGUUAUUGGUCAGUUACAGUUCCACUCUACCUCUUUAUAUGUACUGAUUGAUUCUGGGGCUACCCAUUCUUUUAUCUUAUAUGGUAUUAUAAAAAGAUUAGGUUUAGAGCCUUGUAAAGUGGAACAUGCUGUUAAAAUUGAGAUGCCUAAAAGGGAGAAUUAUGUUGUUAAUAAGUUGUUAAUGGGGGAAACUAUAGUGAUUGAUAGGCAUGAGUUGAAUGUUGAUUUGACUGUUUUUGAUAUGCCUAAUUUUGAUAUGAUUUUGGGAAUGGACUUCCUGAGCAAAUAUGGAGUAUUGAUAGACUAUCGAAAGAAGAAGGCCAGGUUAUCUACACAGCCUGAUGAUAAGUUCAGUGAAGGCAAUGAAAAUGAUAAGGAAGGGUUGUACAAGGUACAUAGCUAA